UAUAAGACAAAAUCAUCUUGUCCGAAAAUUUGCCAAAAAAUAAAAAAACCCUAAAAAUUCAUCCAGUUUCUUCCAUUUGUAGCCGUCUGAUUGCAUCACACUUCACUCUCCCUCCAUCUCCGCCUUCAGACAGCCCUCAAAAAAUGAACUGAAAAACACUCUGUUUUGGCCCUUCUCUGCACAGCAAGCUGAUAAAGCAUCAAUGGAAAUGCUUCAAAUUAAAUACUAAACUACCUUCUUCGCAAGCAGAUACGAAGAAGACAAUAGCUUUUACUUGGAGGUUCAGAAGCAACCUAUGAGCCCAUUCAGGAGUUGAUUCAGUGUGUCAACUUCUUUUAUAGGAUCUUCAUAUCAACCGCUGGAUUAAGGUUGAUUUUUAAUAGGUUUUUUUAUCAGGUUAAUCAAAUAUCCAUGUCAUCGUCACUUGCUGUUAGGGAUAUCGAUCCUUUGUUGAAGGAUUUGAAUGAAAAGAAGCAGAGUUUUAGAAGAAAUGUUGUGUCUUUAGCAGCUGAGUUGAAGGAGGUUAGGAGCCGUUUGGCAUCACAGGAGCAAUCUUUUGUGAAAGAGAGCAUAACAAGACAGGAGGCUGAAACAAAGGUAAAGAACAUGGAGGAAGAGAUUUGUAGAUUGCAGAAGAAAUUGGAGGAGAGGAAUGGACAGCUUGAGGCUUCAGUUUCUAAUACUGAGAAGUACCUGAAGCGAUUGGAUGAUCUUCAAGAGCAGCUUGUUUGCACACAAGCAACUGCAGAUGCAAGUGCCACAUCAGCUCAAGCUGCUCAGCUUCAAUGCUCUGUAUUGGUUAAAGAAUUAGAUGAAAAGAAUAAUUCGUUAAAGGAGCAUGAGGACCGUGUAACUAGGCUUGGAGAACAAUUACAUCAUUUGCAAAAGGAUCUUCAAGCGAGGGAAUUUUCCCAAAAGCUACUGAAAGAUGAAGUUUUGAGAAUUGAACAUGAUAUUAUGCAAGCUGUUGCCAAGGCCGAGGCAAACAAGGAUUGUGAAGUAAGGAAGUUGUUGGACGAGUUUUCUCCAAAGAAUCUCGAAAAGAUGAAUAAACUUCUUGUUGUUAAGGAUGAAGAAAUAGCCAAACUAAGAGAUGAAGUAAGGAUUAUGUCUGCCCAUUGGAAGCUCAAAGCUAAAGACUUGGAAUCACAGUUGGAGAAGCAGCGGCGAGCUGAUCAGGAACUGAAAAAGAGGGUGUUGAAGUUGGAGUUCUGCCUCCAGGAAGCUCGAGCUCAAACACGAAAGCUUCAAAGGGUGGGUGAGCAUAGGGACAAAGCAUUGAAAGAACUAAGAGAGCAGUUAGCAACAAAACAAGGUGCGCCAGUGGGUAUUGAAAAACAGAAUUUCUGGGAGACUUCUUGUUUCAAGGUAGUAGUUUCAAUGUCAAUGUUGAUCUUGGUGGUCUUCUCAAAGCGAUGAAACAUUGCAUAAUGUAGUUAUCGAUGUGCAUAUGGCAUGAUGUAGCACCUUAAGUCUACUUUGUGAAGAAUUUAGGAAAAAGUAGUAGAGCAAGAAGCUGUAAGAACCAUUUUUCUUGUAGAAAUGCUGCUUGAUUGUAGAGAGCAGAGCCAUCUUUCUUGCUUAAUGUCAAUGGAGAACAUUUUUAUUAUAUUUUUUUUUAAUUCUCAGGACUAGAAACAUUUACACUUUCUCUGGUAUGCUUAUCAUAUGCAUGGCAAUGGAGUCUUUACUACCAGAGUCCAGAGCUGGAAGAUUGUAAUGGCACAAUUUUGUAAUGUGAAAGGUUACACUUGUAAUUUAGG